AUGGCUACUCAGAAUCAGGAUCAGAGAGACUUGUCUCCGUUGGAGAUUAUUACGCAGCAUGUUCAACAUAAGAACCUCUCAGACCCGGAAACACUCGACUGGAAGGUUACUUCAGAGUUUCCUCAACCGGGGGAGUUAAUGACUAUCGAUCCUCCCCCUCUUCCUUCAAGUCCGACCAACGAUAAUCCUUUCGAUAAAAACGCAUACUUAGAGUUUCAAUAUACUUUAAAUCGUUUUGAAGGCACGGAGCUUCUGAGACGAGCAGUGAACCGUUUCAAGUAUGACCCUACUAUGAAGGAGGAUGACAACGAUUUUUACAUCUAUACCCAGGUACACGUCCAAGGAUACCUGUUUACAAAGUCUGGGCCCGUAUGUCGCAUCUCAUUUUCCACAGAGCGCUCCGGUACCAAAGUAGCUUGGAAGCAGUCAACACGUCUCACCGCCGGUACACUUGUGGCUCUUUCUCCUAGCUCUGAUAACUUUGACAAACAAUGUUUUGUGGCAGUUGUCGCAGCUCGAUACCUUCUUGGUGGUUUGGAGCCGAACCCAGAAGACUUUGAAGAUGAGAACACUCCCCCUCGAAUAGAAAUCUUCUGGUCAAACUGCGAUACCGCAGUGUUCGAUCCUACAAUGGAGAUGGUGAUGCUCGAAGCCAAAGGAGGCUACUUUGAGACCGUCCGUCAUGCGAUGGUUGGGUUACAGCAUGCCGCCAACUUUGAAUCCAAGUUUGACAAGUACUUUAUCGAUGGAUCAAAAAGAAGGUACCCCGCAGCCUAUCUAACUGAGGCCCCUGGUAGGUUUGCCCAGAUUCCAGUGGCAGCCGAAUCUUUCGAUCCAACUCAAAAGGAAGCCUUUGAUUUCAUGACAUCUCAAGAGCUCGCUAUCGUCCAGGGGCCUCCUGGCACAGGAAAAACGUUUACGUCAGUCGUGGCCAUUGAAAGCUAUGUCCGAACUCUGAGGGCUGGACGCGAACGUGAAGCCACCCCGCCAAUUCUAGUUGCUGCUCAAACCAACCAUGCCUUGGACCAACUAUUAGAUCGAUGUUCGCGCUUCCAGGCGGUCAUUGCUCGCCUUGGUGGACGUACAGAGGAUGAAACAAUCAGCACCCGUACCCUCUACAAUAUUCGGAAGAAUUCCAAGCUGGCUCGCCACCCUAUACGGGGCGAAAACGCUCGGAAAAAGGUCUUGAGCCGUAUACAAGAACUUCUAACCAACUGUUUCCCAGCACACCUCAUCUCUGCGGAAGAGUUCUGCAAAGAAGGCCUUCUUACUCGGGAUCAAUUUGACUCAUUGAACGACAAUGAAUGGGAAUCCGCCCCCAUGGUCAAUGCCGACGGCAGCGAGUACAAUGUUGAGGCUAGCUCCAUUGCACAAUGGCUAGAUGGUUGCGUUGAAUCAGACGAAACCUACGUCUACCGUCCUCCCACUGACCAAGCUGAGGCUCUCAUCGAGGAAGGAGAGAAUCUAGACCAAUCGAAACAGGAAAAUGACAAAGAACGACUCCAUGGCGAGUUCUUCCCGAUCAAAUUCUACGUCACUGGGUCUGUCCCUGGACCAUUGGCACGGGAGAACGCUUGGUGCUAUCAGGCCCGUAAGUUGUUAUCCAAGAACAAAAACUUAUACAACAUCAAGCCGCCACAGCGUGGAAUGGUUUACCGUUUAUUGCGCAUGGACCUCAUCAGCAAAAGAGCCGGGAGAUUCCCAAUUCUACUAAAAGAAUACCAGGCGGCUUGCGACGAGGUCAAAAUAAGCCGAUGGGAUAAUGAUGUCAAAAUCAUCAAAGAUGAAAAUAUCCAGAUCUUGGGGUGUACAACUACUGGACUUACCAAGUAUCGUGGCCUCAUUGCGGCAUUGAAGCCUCGUAUACUGAUGAUUGAGGAAGCGGCCGAGACGAGAGAAGGUAAUAUCACUUCAGCAUUGUAUCCUAGUCUCGACCAGAUCGUGCUUGUUGGCGAUCAUCAACAGUUGGUCCCGCAAGUCGAUGUUCGCGAACUUGGAGAAUCACCCUUUGACAUGAACGUCUCUUUGUUUGAGAGAUUAGUCAAACUUGACCUACCGUACAGCAUGUUGAAAGUUCAACGUCGUAUGGUGCCUGCAAUCCGUGAGGUGGUCAACACUUUCUACAUGGAGCUCAAGGAUCAUCCUUUUGUUAUCGACCCAGAAAAUCGGCCACCAGUGCCAGGUAUGGGUGGAAAGAAUCUUUGGUGGUUUCAUCACGAAUGGGAAGAGAUGCAGAAUAUCAACGACUUUUCCUUCUCGAAUAUGGAAGAAGCCGCAAUGAUAGUGCGCUUCGUGCGAUAUCUCGUCCAGAAUGGUGUUCUUCCGAACGAAAUCACGAUGUUAACCUUCUACAAGGGGCAGGUCACUCUCCUUCUUGAGAAGCUUCGACGCGAUCCAGUUCUAGUAAUCAAGAACCCAACAAAAGAGUGGUCAGUCAGAACCGUCGAUGGCUUCCAGGGAGAGGAGAAUGAGAUCAUCAUUCUCUCUAUUGUCCGAAGUGCUCGUCCAGGCUUCGUCUCGAACGAGAACCGAGCAGUCGUGGCCACCAGCCGUGCGAAAUGUGGCAUGUAUAUCUUUGGCAACGCUCUCAAUCUGAUCACUCCAGAGAAGAGCAACAAGACGUGGGGAAAAGUGUACGAUGUUUUUCAAAAAAACGAGUGUAUCGACUUUUUCAUUCCGGUCACCUGCCAGAACCAUGGACGAGUAACAGAAAUUUCCGAGAUCGGGGACUGGGAUACCAUCCCUGGUGCUGGCUGUGAUCAGAACUGCGGCCUGACAUGCCCUGAAGGUCAUCCAUGUCAGACUACGUGUCAUCCGUUUGCGCAGUCAGAUCUCAAGUGUCAAAAGGCAUGUGAAAAGGUCCUGGACUGUGGUCACAAUUGUAGUGCCAUCUGUGGUGAUCCUUGCGAGUGCUCAGAACGAUGCCGCAAGAGGCCAACCCUCACGCUUCCCCUGCGUGGCCCUCCUUUACCGACACCUUCACAGCGUCAACGGGUGCAAACCACCAGGGGAGGAAAAGCUGGUCAAAAUCGUCAGCAUUCAAAGCGGGGAGGUAGAGUAGAUGUCCAUCGUGGCCACUCCCAUACUGCCGGCGCGGGUCAAACCAUGCAGCCUCUGGACCAGCAGGAGCCUACCAGCGACCAAAUAAUUGAAGGCGGCUACCACUCACAAAUUACCCAAAAUAGUCGAUUUACCAGCAUGGCCAUGGGGCGCUUUAACACUGAGCGCAACACACCUUUUGAGAGUGCUGCACAACCAUCGACCGAGGGCUCUGUAUCAGCAGAGUCGUGCGAGGGGAAAUGGAGUCCUAAAAAGUUAUUGCAGGCGGACAAAGCGAUGACAGACGAGAUUAGGGAGUUGGGAAAGCGCAAAACUCCAUGCCCUCCAGUGAUAAAUGCGACAUUUCGUCAAACGACCGCGACAACGAAUGGAACUCGGAUAUAUGGUCCAAUUGCGUAUCAUACGUAUACGCAUCAUCCAACCAUACCUUCGCGGAAACAGUCGCUUCUGGACGCGGCGGCUGGUGAGUGCGGUGGCGUUGAGUACCCUUACUUCUUGUUGGAAGAGCGCCUGGAAGAGGCCAGGAAUGAAAGCGAUGUCGAUGGCCCCGGGGAUCUGAUCAGUUUUGAGUAA